CCAAGUGAUUAAGCCGAUGAUUGAGGGCGCUACAUCUCUGCUUUAUUAUGUGUGUUGUGCACGUCUUUGGUAUUUUUUCACAGUUUAUUUCCGCAUAGACAUCUGAUCAGCCACGCAAAGUGAUAUGUCCCGCGUACUUGCUGUACGCUUAAAUACAUGGACACCAUUCCAGUAUCUGCGGAAAUAACAUGCUUUUACAAGUCACGCCAGUCAUCAAAUUCAGAUUUAUAAACUGCGCCAAACUUGAAUUUCAACGAAUUUCUCAACUGUAAUUCCGCUGCAUGAUUGUGCACCUGCACUGCACUGGCCUGUUCCUUCAUGGGUAUUCCAAGUCGCCACCGCUGGCCGUCACACGCCAGUGACCGUCGGAGGCAAAUUAUUCUGAUGUUGACAGUUGCGGAACUAAACUUUUCUUCGUCUGCACAGAAAUACCGAAUUGCUUAUUGAUCCAGCAGACGUAGCUAGUGGACGUCAGAAGAACUUUCAGCUCCACGCUGCAUCGCAUUUUUGCAUUGGUGAAAAGUUGUCGAGAUGCGGGUUUUUUUACGCGGAGACGUGGUUCAGCCCGGUUUGUGUUGCAGUCCCCGUGAACCUGUAGAAUGGUGGAAACAGUGCGCGAACGUUGGCCUUCGGGACGGCUGUGUGCCCACGAUCGGGCAAAGUGUGGUUCAAAUCACCGGACUGGAACCGGCAGUCUGGUUCAAGGUGCUGGUAGUCGACACUGUGUGCAUUGACUUCAUCAAUAAAGCUAUCCAGUGGACCACCUGUUCCCAUAGAAACUGCACGCAGAGAAUCAUGGGAGAGAGAGGUUACCAACGUUGCAAGCACACCCAUGAAUGUCUCCUGAAUGAAGACUUUUUCCUUCCGGACGUUGACCUGCAGAGAGGUCUUGAUCUUGCCAAACGCAUCUUAGUCCGACAAGAUGAUGAAGACGAUGUGGAUCUAUUACACCUGCUACAUGUCUACAUUCUACCAAUCAUACGCUUGCAUUCAGAGGACAAGGAACACGUGACUCAGGCCUUGACCAAUCAGAAAGAAGUCUUAGGAGAGCUUGAUGCCAAGAUUGAUAAAAUGUCCUGUCAAAGGAUACAGAUAAAAGAGAACAUGAGACGAUGGAGAGAGGACAUCUGUCUAGAUUUACAAUCGGAAAAGGCAAUCGUCUCUUGUAACACCGCAUUUCUGAAAAUUCUUUGUGAGCAUCUGAAUGAAGAUAUCCGCAAUUCAUACGUUGAGCUGGAUAGUUUUCAGAAGAAAGUUGAAGAAGCCAAACUGAAGGUGAAGAGAAAAGAAGGAAAACAUUAUCUCAGCCAGCUCAAUAAAGCAAGAAUUGAGAGGGAUACAAUUGCGGAACGCAUCAGUAAAUCGCUGUAUGUCGUGGAGGAGGUUGGAUUUAUGCUCAGAUUGAGUAGAACACCAGAUGAGCAGAAGUUAUCCGACAUGCACCAGGCGUACAUUAAGAUCCAAGAUGAUUGGAAGGAACACACCCAAGAACUGAGAGAGCUCCAGCGGAAGAAGGUGUGUGCCAUGAGCGUACGUGAGGCUUUGGUCAACACUGAGAAAGAGCUCACUGAGGGAAGUCAAACAACAGGGAUUGAGAUCACCUCUGAUGGCAUGAAACGACCCACAGAUGUGCUUGGAGAAGCAUCCCUGCCAGCUGGCUGGGAAACAUUACAAAGCCAAGUUGCAAAGAGUCUGGAGUUUAAUCCAUCGAUACAAGAGAUUCACAAGGAAUUCAGCUACUGGGUACAGCAUUUCUGCGAUAAGGAGCUAGCUGACCAACAUUCCCAUUCUAGUUGGAGGGAAAAACUCCCAGCAUGCACUGUUCAGUGUACACAGGUUGAAGAAUCAGGCAAUGUCACAUGUCUGAAGAUAUCUCCAGAUAUCAACCGAGUGCGGCAGAGUAUCAAGACAAAAAUGCCUGGUACCCACUAUCAGGGACUGACAAGAGAGCUGCAGAAUGAAAUCGUAAUUCAUUUCCGAGAGGUUGUAGAUGAACUAGUCAAAGACCAUGCUGUCCCUUCGACAUGCUUCUCAAGACUCUGGACGUGUUACGAGAGGUGUUUCUUUUCUUCCAAGAGUCGGGACAUCCUGCGACUUUAUGAGCGCGCCUAUGCUGAAAACACCAAAAAGCUUGAGAAAGUUCUUCCAACAGUCACUAUACGAGACCUAAGACUGGAUGAUGAGUGGAUUCUGAACAUCCUGGGACUUUAUGCCCCAGACUUCCCAUCGCUGACGUCAGAAGAUGUCAGAGACCAUGCCGAGGAGGUCGGACAGAUGGCCGAGGAGUUGGAUAACGAAUUUCAGAAGGAGACAGGAGAUAUGACCAAAGACAAAGUGGGAGAGGAGGAUAGAGAGACGAGAGAGAGAUUAGAGUCUGGCAUCAGUAUCCAAGGGGUUGACAAAGUUGUGCGGAGGCUAAAGAUGUCAGACCAGAGAGAUGAUCAGCAGAGACAAUCGCAUCGAUUCACUAAGAUCAUCGAUUUGAUGUGGGUUACCAGUCCCCCGCCAUCAGUACCGGAAGGAGGGGCCUCAUUGUCAGAGCGGGCGUCAACUUGGAGUGGGCUGAAUCGGGCAGAGCGUAGGAGCCGAGAGAAGACCCACUCGGACGAUAGGUUGUCUACAUCAGUCCCCAACGUCAACUCUGGCCCUGUAUUCAGUAGGAACUCCUCACCUGCCAUUGACAUCCCCAACACUAACACCAACGCCAGGACACUGGCCAUCCCAGUCAACAGUUCAGUCAGCGACUCUGGGGUUUGUCUCAACAUCACCAAAGAGUCUGAUGUCCUGAGCCCCUCACAAAUAUCUUCAGACCCCAGUGACCCACUUUGCAAGCGUUGCCAAGACAACCCCAACGCCAAAGUGUUCCUGGAGCGAUUCCAGACAGCCUACAACUGCUUCCGCGUGGUGCUUCAGGACACAGUGCCCAUGUCCAAACUGCAAUGGCUGUAUCGUUGCCUUCAAGAAGUCAACACAACAGCUGAGAAACAGUCACAGAUAAUUUUCUGUGGGAAGUGUCGCAUGUUGAGUGGCGAUGACCUCUUGACCGCACUUAUCCUCUUUCUUCUCCACGGCGAUGUGAAGGAGGUUGCCAAAGGUUACUACCAUCUCAUGCUUCUGCAAGAUUAUCUGCCGGACUUCUUGGACAAGGGGCACUUUGGGUUCUCAGUCAGCCAGUUUCUGUUUGCUUACACUUACAUUCUUAGUUAUGCUGAUAGGGAGCUGUCCACAGACUUAUAAUCAGGAAUCAAAUUUAAAAAGGGAAACCUGAAAGAGGUUGCUCACGAUACAAAAUUUGCACUGUGCUUAACUUGGUAAAUUUCAAUGUAGCUUGUUACUAAAUUUAUCUGAGUUUCACCUGUUCUACUCUGCCAUUUGCUCAUCUGCAAGCAAAUGUCUAUUACGCAGACUAGUUACCAAGAGGCCUGAUGACAACUUUAAAUGGUUAGUUAACCAUUGCCCGAGUGUUUCAGAGCUGAAUGAUCUUCAAAGGCAAAAGUGUUCACAGUUGGUAGCACUCACUCCUCUGACCUGGCAGACCGUGUUGAUAUGAUACAAUAACUAGACCACGAGGGAAUGAGAAGGUAUGAGCUAGGUUUAGUGGUGACAUGGCCAUAGAAUAUCUACUUGCUCUAUUUUUUGUGACUAAAUCCUUUUAUCAUAUUCUUUUGCCAGGCAAGUUCUGUGUACUAAUAUAAGGGCUUGCCAUAUAACCUAAAUGGUUUGGUGCAAAUUGUCAAAUGACUUUGUGAACUAAUUGUCAGACCCUUUAAUGGUAGGCUAACCAUUUCUGCUAUGUUUCUGGUGAAUUUUCUUGGGCAUGGAGUAUUUACAAGUAAUUUUGCUAGUCUGUUGGGGUUUGUGUGGGUAACGCAGGCACACUGUUCUAUUUAUGAGUGUCACCCCUGCUGCCCUGUCUGUCUCAGGUGGGGGACAAAUUAAGCACAGAAUGGAUAACCACUACAGUCAAAAGACACAUCUAUAAAUGCAAGGUGUCAAUUUGACUUCAACCUGCCAAAAUGCAUCAAUGUCUGAUGUGAGUUAACAGGGUUAGUGCCUGUGAACUUGCCGUUAAAUUGUCAGUGCAUCGAUAUUUUGUCAGUUUGUGAGUGUGAAAUAUGACAAAGGCAUAUGAAAUGCCUGCAUAUCUGCGUUAGACCACCUCAAAUAUGCUAAGUAAUUAUGGCACCUGAGUUAAUUUACAUGCUGUAGUAGUGUAUUUUUUUAUGAUUUGAUAAUAGUGAAUCCAUUUCCACUCAGAACAUUUCCACAAGUAGCAGCUGAAAACUUGUAUGUUCUUUGUCCUUUGACAUGACCUUUGACCACUAUCCCUUCCUUUUUUUACUGGCCAGUUCUAAAUUAGCAUUGCUGGCUAUAGUGACUAUGGCUCACCAUAGUGGCAACAAUCGUGUUCCAGCCAAAGGAUCACAUCUUCAGUUAUGGCUUGGCGCAAUGACUGAUCAAACCAGUUCAUGCCAUGUAAACAUGCAGGAAUUUUCUGUCAGUCUAACCACGCAGGGGCAUGGGUCACCAAGCAAACUUAGCCAAUGCUGUGUACCACUGGAAGUGUCUCCAACAAUGUCAGUAGUUCAACAUUAAGUGUCACACAUUUUUUUGUAUUAAAAAAACAUGUCUUUGGGAGGUUGUGAAAAGUCAAGCAGCUUGUGGCCACGUGAAACAGUAACAUUUUAUAGAGGGUUGGGAAUAAGAUAAAUAUCCACACCUUUCCAAAACUAAACAGAAAAACACCUAUGCCCUGAAAUAUUUGUAUAUACUGGUGCUGUGAGUUGCUGUUGUGAUCAUUAUGGAUAUUUUCCCCAGAAUACAUCGC